AUGGAAGAAAAGAAGGGUGGAAUUCCAAUCAAAGAGGUUUAUAUGAAUGAAUUCAGAAGUUGGAUUUCAGAUAAUAGUUUGGUGGAGGUAGACUCUUUGGGAAAGAAAUAUACCUGGUCUACCCGCCAGAAAGGUAGUAGAAGAAUUGUUUACAAACAUGAUAGAGCCGUGGUCAAUGAUGCUUGGUUCUUCAAAUAUGAGAAUUGGAGAUGUAAGGCCUUGCCUAGAAUCUGCUCUGAUCAUUCUCCUCUUAUUGGUUUUUCUUUUCAAAGUCCAAGACCGAAAAGAGCUCCUUUUAGAAUUCAGAAAAUGUGGAUGUCGCAUCCAAGUUUUAUGAUCUUGGUUAAAGAUACCUGGAAUUUGAGUAUGGUUGGUGCCCCUCCUUUUGUCUUUGCCAGCAAGCUUAGAAGACUUAAAGAUGUGUUGAAAUUUUGGAACAGAACGGUGUUUGGAGAUGUCCAGUUUAGAUUGAAACAAGCUGAGCUUAAGCUGGACGCAGAAAUGGACCUGCUUGAUUUUGAUCCAGCUGAUGAAUUACAAUUCACUAGGGUGGCCGAUGCCAAGAAAGCAGCUGAUGAUGUGAGGAUGGACCUGGCUUCUAUGCUUCGUGUGAAGUCGAGAGAUAACAUUAAAGAUUUUCUUGUCAAUCAUUACAAGGAUAAGUUCAAUGGUGGGGAUACUUGUAUCGAUUCAAAGCUUUUUGAUUUUGAUCAUGAGCGUAUUUCUUCUCAGGAGAGUAUUCUCAUGGAUGCCAUCCCAAAUUUGGAAGAGAUUAGAGCUGCUGUGUUCGAUUUGGGUGUUGACUCUGCGCCUGGCCCUGAUGGCUUCUCUGAGAAUUUCUACAGAAUAUGCUGGGAUACAAUUUCUGCAGACCUUUGCAAGGCUAUUGUCAGUUGCUGGGAGAUGCGGAAAAUUCCUAAUGGAAUCAACUCAAGUUUCAUUGUGCUCAUCCCUAAGAAUAGCAAAUCUGAUGCUAUUAAAGACUUUAGGCCAAUUGGCUUGGGCAAUUUAUUUUUCAAAAUCAUCACGAAGAUAAUGGCUUCAAGGAUGAGCUCUGUGCUUAACAAUUUGAUUUUGGAGGAGCAAGUGGCUUUUAUGAAAGGUAGAAACAUUCAUGAAAACAUUGCUUUGGCUUCCGAGAUGAUCAAUGAGAUUAGUAGUAGCAGAAGGUAUGGUAAUAUUGGCCUCAAACUUGAUAUUGCUCAAUCUUUUAACACAGUGAGCUGGGAGUUUAUUGCUGAAGUUUUACGCCAAUAUGGUUUUUCUGACAACUGGUGUGCUUGGAUUCUUAGCAUUCUCAACUCAGCCAAAAUUUCGAUCAUGGUGAAUGGUAGCCCGGAAGGUUUCUUUAGCAUCUAUAGAGGUUUAAGUCAAGGGGAUACUCUUUCUCCUCUGAUUUUUGUUCUUAUUGAAGAUGUUCUGGGCCGUAAUCUGUCCAAGCUCUUUGCUCGUCGUAGUAUGCACUAUAUGGUCAGAAAGAAGGGUAUUGCUCCUUCUCAUCUGCUUUUUGCGGAUGCCAUACUUAUUUUCUGCAGGGGCAAUCCGCAAAGUCUUCAAAAUCUUGUUACUAUUUUGGGCAUGUACAAAAGGGCCUCUGGCCAGUGUGUGAAUUUUUCCAAGAGUCAAUUUUACUAUGGAGGUGGAUCUAACUCGAGAGUUGUGGCAAUUUCAAAUUUUUUGGGAAUGAGGAGAGCCUACUUCCCUGACAGAUACCUUGGUAUUCAGCUAAAGCCUGGCAUUGUUAGGAUCAUUCAUGUUCGUCAGGUGGUGGAGAAGAUCAGGGACAAGCUUGCGGGUUGGAAAGGUCAGCUCCUCUUUUUUCAGGCUAGACUGGUGCUGAUUAAGGCUGUGAUUUCGAGCUAUAUUAUUCAUUCCAUGGCUGUUUAUAAAUGGCCAUGUAUGUACAUCAAGCAAGUUGAGAAGGCCAUUAGAAAUUUCCUUUGUUCUGGAGAUGCGGAGAAGCGUAAAUACUUCACAGUUUGUUAUGACAGCUUGUGUUGCAAGAAGAGUGAAGGAGGGCUUGGUCUCAAAAAGCUGUUAGAUGUCAACAAAGCAAUGCUUAUGAAGCUUUGGGUCUCCAUAAGAGAUUCUGACAAGAUUUGGGCAAGGUUUCUGAAAGCUAAAUACUUCAAGAGUAAUGGCAAAUUGAUUGACUACAAGCUGGGUUCGUCUGUCUUUCCAGGUAUUAGAUUGCUUUUCAAUUUUUUGCAAAAACACACAAGAUCAAUCAUAGGCAAUGGUGAGAACUCCUCCCUUUUCUUUGAUAAUUGGUGUGGUGAUUUUUCGAUUGCCAAGAAGCUUUGCAUUUCUUCCAAAGCGCCUAAGGAUUUUCAGGCAAAAGUGUGCGAUAUUAUUGCCGAUGGUAUUUGCGCAAUCCCUCAAGCUACAAGAAAUUUGAUGCUUCGUUGUAACAUUGAUGUGGAUAACUUGCUAAUUAUUGCUGGGGCUCUGUUCUCGAGAAAGGUGGUGCAUCCUUCUUUGGGUGUGCAGUACUGGAAGAUAUGGACCAAGCAAUGCUGUGCAACUGAUGACAACAUCAUUAAGAAGACUGGGAGAAGUUUGGCCUCAAUGUGCCGCUUAUGCCGCAAGAAUUGUGAGACCUUAAGCCAUAUUACUUGGCACUGCGGUUUUGCUAGGAGGAUCUGGGCUUGGGCUGCUGGUAUCUUCAGUAUCCAGCCGAACGAGGAUCUAGUAAGUUCUUACCAGGCUGCAAAAGGUCGUAGUAGGAUGAUUAAGGAUUUUUGGUUGGUCACAAAUCUUGCUAUUGUCAUGGAGCUGUGGAAGACUCGUAACAAGGCAUACUUUGAGAAUGCACCAAUUCAUUGGCUUGGUUUUAAGGGUCGGGUUUACCAAAUGAUUCGCGACAACUCAAUUAGAAUGAAGGGUCAUAUGUUCAACACUGUAGAAGAUUUGAGGAUUUUGAACUAUUUACGGGUCCAACACAGGUCUUGCAAGCUCUCUAUCCCUCUUGAGAUUAGAUGGUUUCCUCCAAAUCCCGAUGAGAUAAUGAUUUGCUGCGAUGGUGCGUCAAUGGGUAAUCCGGGUCAAUCUGGUGCAGGGGUUAUGUUUCGGGAUGCUAAUUCAACGGUGCUUGGCGUUCUUUGUGUUGGUCUAGGCUGGCAAACCAACUUCUAUGCAGAGGCCUGUGCAAUCAUUUAUGGUGCGUUGUUAGCUAAGAUCUGGAAGGCCACCAACAUUUACAUUCGUUCUGAUUCGAUGAGUUGUAUCCAAUCCUUUGAGAAGGAUGAAUUUCCCUGGCAGCUGAGACAGAAAUGGAGAGUGGCCAAGAAGUUUUUCUCCAAUAUUCGUUAUAUCCAUAGCUAUAGAGAGAUAAAUUUUUCUGCUGAUGCUUUAGCCAAGCGAGCUUGUUUGCUGGCUGAAGAUAUCUUUGAAUUUUAUGAGGGUCGCCCGGGUUUCAUUCUGCCUUUAGAAUGGUCUGGCCAAAGUUAUUUUCGUUUCAAUUAG